GAUUGAUUCAUUCGCAAUUUGGAUCCACCACCAACUGGACGCGCAGACGUUUGAGCUUAAAAAAUAUACUUGAAUUAUGGGAGACGUGCGAUAUAUUCCGUUUAUUUUACUUUUUAUUAAUGCUUUAUUAUUCACUGCAGGCAGUACAUCGGUUCAAGAAGGUGAAAAUGUGGAUUUACAACCCUUUGUUAAAGUUGGUAGCAAGCAUUAUUUAGUGACUCACGGCUUAGAGAUGAAUUGGUUCGAAGCUGUUCAUUUCUGUCGUUCUUACGACAGUGAUUUGCUAACGAUUGAAUCGCUGGCUGAAAAGAAUGCUUUAUAUUUGCACUUGUCGCCGUUGUGGAAAAUUAGUCAAAUGCGUGUUUGGACAAGUAGCAACGAUUUGUCGGUGGAAGGCACCUUCAUGUCGCUGAAUAGUGGACGUCCAAUGCUUUAUACAUUCUGGGGACAGAACGAACCGAACAAUGCGGGAGAUGGGGAGGAUUGUGUAGAAGUCAUCCUACGCAGUGAUCUUUAUUUCAUUAACGAUAAUAAUUGUUCAACACAAAUGCAAGUUAUAUGCGAAAAGCGUUCACCGUUAAAUGCGCGUAACUCCGCCACAAAAUCAAACUUUGAGAAUAUAACUGAGAAUUGUGGUUUAAAAAAACUAGUGGAAGUAUUUCUACAAUCUGCAAAUGUUUUAAACUGCAGGGCAUAAUAUUAUGUAAAUAAACAUCUUUUUAUUUUAUUUCGAAAAUAUAGUGAUGCUUGUAUAGCUUGUUUUGUAACCUGCUGUGGUUUUUGUGUUAAAAUAAAGAGUAAUAAUAGUAAA